UUUGUUAUCUUCCGUUUUCUUACUUUUCUUUGCCAACUUGUAAUAGGUCAAAACUCUUGUUGAAAAUCAUUUUUUUUCCCGAGCACGUACUUCAAUACAAUUUUAUUAAAAUUUUACCAUGAUAUAAACUUGAGUUGUUCAUCACCGAGAUCAACUUGAAUUCUCUCAAUAGGAAUAUACUCAUUUGAAAGAAAAAAAACACGAUAAAAAAGAUUAAAAUAAAAACCGAGUCAUCUAAAGUCCUAAGCAGGUAGUCAAGUACAACUAUAUAAACACUGAAAUUUGGUUUCAAAAAUAGAACUAAAAAGCGCCCGAAUUACCAGUGUCACAAAUCCAGGAAAUUGAGUUGGUACAUGGAUGAAACUCAGAUGGCUGCCUCACAAACUUACCUCUUUCCUCCAUCAUCCUCUUUAUCUAUCUCCUCCAAUUUUCUCCAGAAAUCUCACUACUUCCCCAAAUCCCAACUUUACUCCAUGUAUUCUCACCCACAUUCAUAUAAGUCGUCUUCUUUCCCAAUUUGGAAGAGAAAGAAAUCUUCAAUUGGGUUCAUCUCUUCACUCUUUGAUCAUAAAAAACUAUUACUAUUAUGAUUUUAAAUUUUACAAUGAUCCCAGAACUGUGAUUUUUGUUUGGAAUUCUCUGCUUUCAAUGUAUGCGAAAUGCAGGGCGUUAGGGGAUGCACUUAAGGUGUUUGAUGAAAUGCCUAUUAGAGAUACUGUUUCAUGGAAUUCUGUUAUUUCUGGGUUUUUGAGUAAUGGGGAGUUUGAAUUUGGGUUUAAGUAUUUUAGGGGGAUGGUUGGAUUGGGUAUUGGGCUGCUUGAUCAAGCUAGUUUUACUACUGUUUUAUCAGCUUGUGAUGGGGUGGAUUUGCUUAGGGUGAGUAAAAUGAUUCAUGGGUUGGUGGUUUUGAGUGGUUUUGAAAGUGAGGUUACUGUUGGAAAUGCUUUGAUAACCUCGUAUUUUAAAUGUGGGUGUUCGGGUUCUGGGGACCGGGUUUUUCGAGAAAUGGGUGACAGGAAUGUUGUUACUUGGACUGCUGUGAUUUCUGGCCUUGUGCAAAAUGGACUGUGUGAGGAUAGUUUGAGUGUGUUCAGUAUGAUGCGUGGCGGAUUGGUGGAACCGAAUUCUGUGACUUAUACAAGUGUGUUAUCAGCUUGUGCUAGUUUGCAGGUUAUACAAGAAGGGAAACAAAUUCAUGGGCUAGUGUUAAAACAAGGAUUUCACUCAGAUUUUUGUAUCGAGAGUGGACUAAUGGACAUGUACUCUAAAUGUGGAAGCAUGGAAGAUGCCUUGCAGAUUUUUUACUCUGCAGAUAAGCUUGAUGAGGUCUCCAUGACCAUUGUGCUUACCGGUUUUGCUCAAAAUGGGCUCGAAGAUGAAGCCAUCCAAAUCUUUACCAAAAUGAUGAAAGCAGGAAUCGACAUUGAUCCAAAUAUGGUUUCUGCCAUUCUUGGUGUGUUUGGUACAGACACUUCUUUGGCUUUUGGCCAGCAGAUUCAUUCAUUGGUCAUAAAAAAGAGAUUUGGUGCUAACCUUUUUGUUAGCAAUGGGCUCAUUAACAUGUAUUCCAAGUGUGGGAAUAAGGAGGAGUCAAUGAAAGCUUUCAGUCGUAUGCCUCAAAAGAACUCAGUUUCUUGGAAUUCUAUAAUAGCAGCCUUUGCUCGCCAUGGUGAUGGAUUGAAAGCCAUUGAAUUGUAUGAAGAAAUGUUAUUGGCAGGAGUAGAGCCUACUGAUGUUACAUUCAUAUCAUUGCUGCAUGCUUGUAGUCAUGUGGGUCUAGUUGAUAAAGGCAUGAUGUUCUUUGAAUCAAUGAGCAAAUUUCACCAUAUUAAUCCAAGAAUGGAACAUUAUGCUUGUGUCAUUGACAUGUUAGGAAGAGCCGGGCUUCUUAGCGAGGCUAAAAAAUUUGUUGACAACUUACCUGUAAAGCCAGGAAUUCUUGUAUGGCAAGCCCUGCUUGGUGCUUGUGCCGUCUGUGGUGACUCUGAACUGGGGAAAUAUGCUGCUGAUCAAUUGCUUCUGUUAGAACCUGAUAACCCUGCUCCUUAUGUACAGUUGGCGAAUAUAUAUUCAGGGGAAGGAAGUUGGAGAGACAGAGCUAGGACUAUAAAGAGAAUGAAAGAAGUGGGUGUAUCUAAGGAGACUGGUAAAAGUUGGAUCGAGAUUGAGAGGAAGGUUCAUAGCUUCGUUGUAUGUGAUCAGGUGCAUCCACAAUCUGAGUCCAUUUAUGCUGUCAUUGCAGAAUUGUUCUUGCAACUGACUGAUGAAGGAUACAAGCCAGAUAAAAGGUUCAUCCUGCAUUACACGGGUCAGAAUGAAAUAGAGAGUCAACUGGAAGUAACUAGUAGCUUGCAAUCAACUUGAAUGGUUUAGUGUUCUAGAAACAAUUUUGCUAUACAGUUGCUAAUACAUCAUCCUGACUAGAACUAACCUUUCAAGGUAGUUCUACCUGCUCCUUGACCCUGAUGUAAAACCAAAAAAAGUACUCGUAUAUAAAUAGGAAAUUGGAGGUUGUCUGAAACAGAAACUACUCUUGUCUUCAAUGACAAUAACGUUCCAUUGGUAUAUCUAGAACUCAUGUUAGUAUUAACAUGAGGUCUAAAUGUACCAACCGACACUUGUCAUUGUUAUUUAUGACAAGAGUAAUUAUUGGCGUGCACUCCUUUAUGAGGACAGUGAGCCCAUACGAUAUCUGCCUGACAAUUACUACAAGAAAAGAGGACAUCCCAUUGUUUUUGCAACAAGAACUAGAUAGGUGCUCUUUUUUCCGUUUUACUAGAUGCUAUUUUUUUUCUGCCAAAAAAGUUAGGAACUAACAAAACAAAUUUAGCUAAUAAAUUGUUGUUGAUAAAACAAUACGGAGUAGUAAUUACUCCGUUGUUUACUACAUUCAAUUUAUGAUCUCUCAAUGGUGUUAUACUGCACCGUUACGUCCAAGUUUAAUAUGAAAUAUACAAAUUUUUAUUUUUUUUGAAAGAAUACGAAAUAUACUAUUAGUACAUUUUUAAUAGUGCAUUUUUCUUACUGGUUUAUUUAUCAAUCGAGUUUAAGAUGUCUC